CCUGGGCGGUGGCGGCGGCCCGCGCCCCUCCCCCGCGCGGCGGUCAGUGCCAGGCGGGAGGCAGCAGCGGUUGGAAGCUUCGCCCGGCUUUGCAGCUGGGACUUCGGCGGCGGCGGCGGCGGCGGCAGCGGCGCCUCAGGCACCUGGACCCUGCAGACACAAUGAGGAGAGUGGUACGACAGAGCAAGUUCCGGCAUGUGUUUGGACAGGCAGUGAAAAAUGACCAGUGCUAUGAUGACAUCCGUGUUUCCCGAGUAACCUGGGAUAGUUCCUUCUGUGCUGUCAAUCCCAGAUUUGUUGCCAUUAUCAUAGAAGCGAGUGGGGGAGGAGCAUUCCUGGUGCUUCCUUUGCAUAAGACGGGUCGAAUUGACAAAUCCUACCCUACAGUAUGUGGCCACACAGGACCAGUGCUGGACAUAGACUGGUGUCCGCAUAACGAUCAGGUUAUUGCCAGCGGCUCGGAGGACUGCACGGUUAUGGUUUGGCAGAUCCCAGAAAAUGGACUCACCCUUUCCCUGACUGAACCUGUGGUGAUUCUAGAAGGCCACUCAAAAAGAGUUGGCAUUGUGGCCUGGCAUCCGACAGCCCGCAACGUACUUCUCAGUGCAGGCUGUGACAAUGCCAUCAUCAUCUGGAAUGUGGGCACAGGGGAAGCCCUCAUUAACUUGGACGACAUGCACUCAGACAUGAUUUACAACGUGAGCUGGAAUCGCAAUGGCAGUCUCAUCUGCACGGCCUCCAAAGACAAGAGAGUGAGAGUCAUCGACCCCAGGAAGCAAGAGAUUGUGGCUGAGAAGGAGAAAGCACAUGAAGGAGCCAGACCCAUGCGAGCCAUCUUCCUGGCUGAUGGCAACGUUUUCACCACUGGCUUUAGCCGCAUGAGCGAGCGGCAGCUGGCACUCUGGAAUCCGAAAAAUAUGCAGGAACCAAUUGCUCUUCAUGAAAUGGACACGAGCAAUGGGGUGUUGCUGCCUUUCUAUGACCCUGACACCAGCAUCAUUUACUUAUGUGGAAAGGGUGAUAGCAGUAUCCGGUAUUUUGAAAUCACGGAUGAAUCCCCAUAUGUCCACUACCUCAACACAUUCAGCAGCAAAGAGCCUCAGAGAGGGAUGGGCUACAUGAGUAAGCGUGGACUUGAUGUUAACAAAUGUGAGAUUGCCAGAUUUUUCAAGCUUCAUGAGAGAAAGUGUGAACCGAUUAUCAUGACUGUUCCCAGGAAGUCUGAUCUUUUCCAAGAUGAUCUGUACCCUGACACAGCAGGGCCUGAAGCUGCACUGGAAGCAGAGGAAUGGUUUGAGGGAAAGAAUGCUGAUCCGAUCCUCAUCUCCUUGAAGCACGGGUACAUUCCAGGCAAAAACAGGGAUCUCAAAGUAGUCAAGAAGAACAUUCUGGACAGCAAGCCCACUGCAAAUAAGAAGUGCGACCUGAUCAGUGCUCCCAAGAAGACCACAGAUGCGGCCAGUGUGCAAAAUGAAGCCAAGUUGGAUGAGAUUUUAAAAGAGAUCAAAUCCAUAAAAGACACAAUCUGCAAUCAAGAUGAGCGCAUUUCCAAGUUAGAACAGCAGAUGGCAAAGAUAGCUGCUUGAAGAUCCCGCCCCACCCUCCAAAAAUGGGAGCAAGGACUCUGCUUGGUAGCUGGUUGCUGUUGUGGUCCCAGGGAGGGUGGAAAGGGAGGCACUGCCAUUGGGACAUUCCAUUUCAGACCUGUCAACCAGCGAUAGGCCACAUUCCAGUAAGAACUCAACUCCUCUCCCAAAUUUGCAAAAACAAAAGCUGAGCUUUUUAUCAGAAAGCUGUUUUUGAUGUUUUAGGUGUUCUGUGACCUACUGAACUUUUCAGACAAAAGUACUACUUUUAAAAUCUGAAUUUAUAAAAUGACCCUGCCCCCCAGUCAGUGUCCUGCCCAAGCACAUUUUUUAUGACUGGGACCAAUGCCACAUGCUUUGUAUAUUUCUUUCUUGUUUUAAUGUUGCCAAAACCAAAAGUCACUUUUUUUUUCUUUGUAUUUUGCUACUUUGCAGUAUUUGCCUGGUUUUUUUUUUUUUUCCUUAAUUUGAAAGGGACAGCACUGUGUAUGUUUAUAAACUAAAUGAAGAUAAUUAUUUUGUAUAAACACUCAUAUGAGAACAAUCAGCACUAGCCACAUGGUGCUGGAUCAUUGGCAGCACAAACCCGGCCAUCCUAAUGACUGUACGGAAGGAAGACUCAAACAAUCACAUGGACCCACACACCUUCAUUCCGUUGAGUCUUCUAAUUAAAAAAAGCUCAUGUGUCUAUUCCUUCCUUUCCUUUCUCUUUUCUAGAAAUUGGGUGGUUGUACCAGAAUGGAAUUUUGCUUCUUGAUCCUGUGCUUCAGACGAUUAUAAUCCAACCCAAACUAGCACGUGUUUCUGCAGUUUUGUUACACAUAGAAUCUGUCACAUCCAUCCCUUGAACAUCGUGGUUCAGGUUUCAGUCCAUAUUGGACAGGAGCGUCUGAGAUGAGAGGACGCAUGUGUGUUGAGUAUGCUUCCUGUCCCUCACAGCAGGUUGUCUAGUAUAGUGCAGGGACUGAAAUCAGAGAGCUUUGAGCGGAGCCUUUGCCCAGUGGUCCUCUGUUUCCUGCAUGAGCCCUGCUCUCCCCGAGCUGUGCUGGAGAGGAAGUGGCUCCGCAGAGCUCCUGUCCUGCUCCCCUCACUCUGCUGCCACCUCUCCCAGACACCCAGCCAGCCCUGCCUGUCCUUCUGUCUAUCAGGCCCAAGCAGUAAGCAAGGUGAGGCCUGAGGGGCUCCUGAAUUUUGAGACUGGAGGAAAGGUUCGGAAGUAGAAAGGGGAGUGCAAGAUGUGCUAUAGAUGUAGCGUGCACCUCCAUACAAAGCAGGCUGAUCUGCCCUCCAGCUCUCGCCCCAUCCCUGACCAUUGUUAUACAGAACACAGCCAUUCUCUGGACCUAGAGAGGACAGAGACUGGAUAUUGGUCACCUGACCAUCCCUAGGGUACCAGGAACUUUGUCCCAGUUACAUGUUCUCACAUUGCAUGUUUAUUAAAGCAGACUUCAGGCCUGUCUUUACUGGAAGGACUGAAUGUCUGACUGAACAUGAACCAGAUAGUGUCAGGGACCAUGUAAAGAAGGCCUUGGCACGUGCUGGUGCUGGUGUGGGCUCAGUGGUAGCUGCAAGCAAGUGUAUACAGGGAGUCAGGAUGGAGUAGAGUGUGGCAGCUGGUGAGAGUGCAUGGCCGGCUGGGCACUCUUGCAAGCAAAGGUACCAUGUUCUUAGCCAACCGUGCAGGGAUCAAUGGCUUCACAGCUUCAGGGCAUCUGAGUGUUUCAUGUGGUUUUGUGUGUCGUCUGUGUGUUUUUAACACUGGGGUGGAUAAUGAAAUGAAAAGAAACAGUAAUUUGAGUGGCUUACAAACAGGUGUUGUUUAUCAGUGUAGUCUGCUGAGGACCUUUGUUUCCAGAUUCAGAAAUUUCUGAGUCUAGUAUCAGAUUAAUUAAGUAAAUAGAAUUGUUGGGGCUGGUGAUGAAGCAUCAUAGGGAAGGUGGUUCAGGGAGGAGAGGGUGGGUAAAGAGUCACCCUGGCCUUAGUUUGUAGAUUCUGAGUUCUUUAAUGAGUGGGUGCCCAGCCAGGCUCAGAGAACCAGCCCUGAAGCAUUGUGGAUUCUUUUUCCUGUUUUGUUGUCGUCUUCUUAAAGCCGUGACAUCCUGGAGGAGGACAGUGAAUUAGUCCUAGAUUGGCUCUUAUAGAGCGGCCAUAGUGUUCUGUCAAAACACUUGCUUCCAUUUUCAAAGAUAAAAAACAUUGAUUACAA